ACAGACCGUGGGGCAGGGGCCUGAGCCCAUCCCAGCCCCACCGGGCCCAAAGCCACUGAGCUUCAUUGCAGGGGGGGCGGCUCCAGCCUGAGCCCUUCUGCCCGGGGCUGAACCCGAAGCCUGAGGCCUCGGCCCAGACCCAGCCGCGCUCAGUGCAGCCCGCGGAAGGGGUCGUGAGCCUCAGUUCGGGAACCGCCGCCCUCGAGGUCUGCGGCGGGCAGGCAGGAGUCGGUCGAGGGGCGCCCUCUGGCGGGGGCCCUGCAGGGGUUAUGAAAGACAACUAUUGGCAUUUGUUAUUGGUAGAAGAUCAGAUGAUAAAGAUAAAGACUGAAGUCAGAUAUUCAACAGAGUGAAUUGGAUUUUCCAUUUCUGCUGUUGAUGUCAAUGAUCUUGAUUCCGAUAUUUCCAAGAAAAACUUGAUCUUUGAACAAAUCAAGACCCUCACUGAUCUCAGUUUAAUGCAAAUACCUGGAUACUACGCAUCCUGUUCCUUACUCCAUGUUUAAAUGAAAAAAACAUUUUCUCUAGUCUUCCAUGAAGCUCAGUUGUUGCCUGUUAACUUUGAUUAUUACUGCUGUUCUGCCUGCUGCUUUUGCACUGGAAAAUGUAGCUUCUAACAGGACAAUUACACCUGGGUCAAGAUCCGUUUCUCCAAAUGCUUCACUUCAUCCAGUCUUCCGAGUCAUGGCAAAUUCUCCAGCACAUCAUGAUAUCAUAGCAAAGGAAGGGAGCAGUGUGUUAAUUGAAUGUAAACUGAACCUCAGCCGGUAUGAAUUUAUCCUUUGGUACAAUUCAAAAGCACAGCUGCUCAAGCAAAGAGAUGAAGGUGGAAGAUGGUUGAUCACUGACCAUAUCCUUAACAUUACCGAUGUAAGGUUUGGUGACCGUGGACGGUACACCUGUGCAGCCACUAAUCAUAAUGGCACCUCCUACUACACAGUCACCCUGAGGGUUAUCUUCACAUCGGGGGAUAUGAGCAUCUACUACAUGAUUGUGUGUCUGGUUGCUUUUACGAUCAUCCUCAUUUUAAACAUAACCCGUCUGUGUAUGAUGAGUAGUCACCUCCGCAAGACAGAGAAGGCCAUCAAUGAGUUCUUCAGGACAGAAGGUGCUGAGAAGCUUCAGAAGGCCUUUGAGAUCGCCAAGCGCAUCCCUAUCAUCACCUCUGCCAAAACCUUGGAGCUGGCCAAAGUCACCCAGUUUAAAACCAUGGAAUUUGCUCGAUACAUUGAAGAACUUGCUAGAAGCAUUCCCCUCCCACCUCUAAUCCUUAACUGUAGGGCAUUCAUGGAGGAGAUCUUUGAAGCAGUGCGAGUUGAUGAUCCAGAUGAAGUUGGCGAGGAAACCAAACAGACCCAAGCUCUUACUACCCAAGAUGCAAUCUACCCCAUCAAUCCAGAGCUCAAGCGCAGUAAUUCACCAGCAGGAGACUCGGAUGAUGGCUCUGUGAAUGAGCAGGGUCAAGAAAUAGCAGUCCAAGUAUCAGUCCACCUUCAGUCAGAAAUACAAAGCAUUGGCACUGUUUCCCAUGACAGCUGCAAUUCUGUACCUUCCGAAGAAGAGGUUUGCUGAAUCCUGCUAGGUGGAAUUAUUGCAGCUGCAUCUGAUUUCUGUAGGCCAUCAAGAGAAAAGGAACUAGGCCCUUGAGCGAUAAUCAAAUGUGCACAAGAAAUAAUGCUUUUUUUCCAGAAUAUGAGGUGUCAAAACUAUUCUCUGUGAUCAGUGUAUUUCCUCAUUUGUGUUUUUCGGUGUUGAUCUGCAGAUUUAAAGCCUGCUUAGAUGAGGCCAUUUGGAAUACUCUUUUGCAAUAGUUUUGUUAAGCAAACAUACUCAACUGGAAACAUUUCACAAAGGGGAUGAUUCACACUCAACUUCUUGGUUGCCUCAGUUACUGUUUCAGAGGUGGCUAAAUUAAGCUAAACACCUGCCAUAGAAUUCUUUCCUUUGUGAACUGUUUCUUCAUAUACACUCAGAAAUCUAAAUUAUUUCUUAUUCAAAUGUGCUUGCAUUAUUAUGAUGAUGACGAUUUGAGACGUGCGCUUUUUGAAUUGCUUCUUGAUGUGUGCAGCCCAUCAGACCUGUAGGCUUUGUCUGCUUUGUGUAUUUUGCUCUGUGUUGCCCUCAAAACAUACUUUAGUUAGAGUAAGGAAUAGUGCCAGACCGUGCAUCUAGAUUACGUUAAUUCCCAGCAUUUCAAAGCAGUUUAUGGACUAAUCAGAGCUCUCAAAUUUUGCAAAAACUUACCAAAAUGCUGUUGUAAAAUAUGGAAAAUUACAUCUUGAUUUUGACGUAAUCAACACCAUAGUUAAAUGACCGAUAUUGCCAGUUGCCUUACCCUGUUUGGUUUACAUGGCUAGACAGGAAAGCAGCACAGCUGGUCUUAUUUGUUCCUGGACUUGAUUGACUUUACUCACUGCAGAAAAUCCAAACAAUUAUUUUACAUUGCCAUUAGCAAGAGAUGACUAGUUGGUAGUUGUUUUUCCUAAAAUAAAUCUACAGGUCAAAUGUCUCAGGCCAUUGUUUCUAAACAAUAUUAACAAGAAAAGAGAUGGGGGCUUCAGGCCAGAUUCUCAGCUGUGGCUAGUGUGCAGCAAGGGAAGGAAGCCACAAAGGAACUAGUUAUGGCUCCCAGGUUGUGCUGUUUGCCAGAGAUUACUGGAAUGCGGUAAUUCUCUGGCCAUGCCUCCUUCCAUUUCCAGCAAGACCCAUGGUGAGAGCUGCAAGGAGGUAUAGUACGAGAGCUGACUAUACUUGCCCUGCGCUAGUUAGGGACUCUCCCAUGCGAGAAGAUGCCUCAGCGGAAGAGACCCAGUUCUAGGAACUGGAAUAUAGAAGAGACUCUGACCCCUACUUUCACUCUUUGGUGCUGAUCUUUUCCUUUUUUUGUUUGUUUUCUAUUUUACAUUUAUAGCGUAUCACUUAAAUAGUAUUUUAUUUCGAGGUGAGAUUUAAAUCUAUGUAAGGCUUGUAAGCACUCCACAAAUUAAUUUCUUACACCUGCUGGAAGCAUAGUGCCACAGAAUAGUAACAGCUUGGCCACAACAGCACUGUUUAGCUUCCCGCAUCUCUUUCUUUGCUUCCUCAUUUUGAAAGGUGACUUGAACGAGUGGUUUCUGGAAGGAACAUUUAAGAUUCUUAAGAGGUUUUAAGGUUAUGUUUACAGGAGUGGAAGUGGAUGACACACGGGCAUAGAAGAGCCAUUCUACAAAGCAGGGUCAUCUACGGUAAGACGUCCUUGUAUCAAAUAGAGUGACUGAAUCAUAUUUAUGUGACAGUAUUAGGCAACUAGAAGCUGAAACAUUUUUAAGUUCUUUGCUUAGUAGCUUUAGAAGCCAAUCACAAGCAGUGCAGGUCUAGCAGACCUUGUCUUGGCUGAGAGGCCUUUGUUUAUUGGGACCGUAGGAGUUUCUGACUGGAUCAGCCCGGUCAUCCAUCUGCUCCAGUCUCCUGUUUCUGACACUGGGCUGUGCUUCAGAAGAAUAGGUCCUGCAAUAGGUAUUUCUAGAAUAAGCUGCACUUAGUGAUAGAUUCUUCCUCACCCUUCUAUAACUAGAGGUUGGUUUAUGCCCCUCUUCGUUUUACAGGUUUAUAUUCCUUCCUCAGCCCUUUAUUUAUUUUUUAACAGUCCUGGUUGUAACUCUGGUUGUUCCUGUUAUUCAGCUAAAUGGCCAAUCCUUUGGAAUCCUGCGAAGCUGCUGGCCUCUGGCUAAGUCUGCAUCCUGGGGGAGACAAUUUCCUUGGGUCGAGUUUGAAUGUCAUAGCUCAAAGAUGUUCAGGCCGGAAGGAAUGGCCGUGUGAUCUUUCUUUAAGCAUCCCCCAGGCCAUAGGUUUCCACAUCACCCUGCCUGUCUUUCAGAGAAGCUAGAUGUACCCCUCUGUCAAACUGUCACCCUCCAGACGGUGGCAGCAUCCUUGCUGUUUUUGUCCCCGUGUUGUAAAUGCAGUUUGGAGACACAACCGUAAAAUCAGGGCUCCUUUUAAAUACUUCCAAACCAGCAGAUGUGCAAUAAUGAUUGACAGAUGUCUCCUCAAAAAUGGCAGCUUGCAUGCAACAAAAUGACACUGAAGCCAUGUGAGAUCAAUGUAAGAGAACAGCUCCCUCGUUAACCGAAUCUGUUCUUUCAUUUGUAUAGUUCAUGUAGGUAACACAGUGUUCUUGCUGAAUCACGUCUGUGUGUGUCUGUUUCAUUUGGUGUCUGAGUAGCAGAGAGAAAGGACUUGUUCCACAAGGCCAGAAAAUGCAGAAAUGAUGACCAAAAAAAAAUACAAAAUGAAGUGGUCAAUUUGUAAUAGUGACAAGUCAUUUCACUUCUGGAAGGAGGCUGCUUUGUAGUUUUUUCUGUACAUAAGUAGCAUUUAUGACAUGCAUGUCCCACGCUUAUUUCCACUGAACUUAAUCAGAGCAGGGUUGGAACCCUAAUAUGAUAUUCAUGAGUGCUGUGACACUGGAAGCAGGAUAACACUGAUGUGUAGAACCCAUAAUUUCCAAAUAACAACCCCCUGACAUGGUAGUUUCCAAACAGGCUGGUGACUUAUUGCAAACAUGGGGAGUAUCUGCUGUUGCUUGAAAAAAAAAUUUUUUAUACAUCUAAUGUUUAUUUUGAAGAUUACUCAAACAAGUUGGAGGAGGGGGGGAGUGUUAAACUCCUUGUAAACCAUACAGGUUUUUUCAUGUCUUAAACUAACAUCUCUGACAAUCACAAGGCUGUUUUAUCUUCCUAACCUCAUUUUUUUGUACUGUAAAUUGUACUUGUUAGGCAAGAUCGUAUCUAAAAGUAACGUCCUGGUUAUUUGUAUUCUAUUGUAAUGUGACUGUGUUAUGUAACAACAUAUGGUUCACACUUUCAUAAAAUUACUUGGUAGAUUGGCAGAAUAAAUUUAGCAAAAUUUUAUG